AUGUCUGCAGCUGGCAAAUCACGAUGGGCAAAUACGGAAGAAGAUGCUGAGCUGGACGCCAAGAUCAAGCGAGAAAAGGAAGAAAAGCGACGCAAAAAGGCUGAAAAGGCGCGCAAACUCGAGCAGGAGAAACAGGCCGCCGCUGCGGCUUUGCGCGAUGACGAGGAUCGCCCUUCAAAGCGCCGCAGGAUCACACCAGAUCCGGCCAUGCGCGGGGUGGAGGGUACAUCUGCUGAAGAUGAAGACUCCCCUACCAGAUUGCUACGGUUCGAGACGGGCUCGUGGGGCCGCAGCAACAGCGUCGAAGACUAUGACAAGCUCAACGACAUUGAAGAGGGCACAUACGGCUGGGUCGCACGCGCAACCCAACGCGCCACACGCAAGGUGGUGGCGCUGAAGCGUCUCAAGCUGGAUCCUGCAGACCGCAGCGGGCUGCCUGUGACUGGGUUGAGAGAAAUACAGAUUUUGCAUGAUUGCAAACAUCGCAAUGUCGUUAAACUCGAGGAAGUCGUCGUUGGCAGCAAUGUGAAUAAGAUGGACAAUUCAAUAUUUCUUGUCCUCGAAUUCGUCGAGCACGAUAUUAAGAGUAUCCUAGACGACAUGCCAGAGCCCUUCCUAGCCUCGGAAAUCAAGUGUCUUUUGCAGCAGCUGACAGCGGGCGUGGCUUACUUGCAUGAUAACUGGAUACUGCACCGCGACCUCAAGACGUCAAACCUGCUGCUCAACAACCGCGGCCAGCUCAAGAUUGCCGACUUUGGCAUGGCCCGCUACGUCGGCGACCCCGCGCCGAAGCUAACCCAGCUCGUGGUGACGCUCUGGUACCGUAGCCCGGAGCUCCUCCUGGGUACCAAAACGUACGACGCGGCCGUCGACAUGUGGAGCGUGGGCUGCAUAUUUGGCGAGCUGAUUGCCCGGGAGCCGCUCCUGCAGGGCACCAACGAGGCGGACCAGGUGACCAAGAUCUUUGAGCUGUGCGGCGUCCCAACGGAGGAGUCGUGGCCAAGCUUCCGCAAGCUCCCCAACGCGCGCUCGCUGCGGCUCCCGAGGACGGCUCCAGCGGCCGCCACCGGCUCUGCGAUCCGCGCCAAGUUCCCGAGCAUGACAGCUGCCGGCGCGGGACUGCUCACGGCGCUCCUGGCGCUGGACCCCGAUGCUCGCCCAUCCGCGAAGGAGAUGCUGCAACACGAGUACUUUCGCCAGGAUCCCAAGCCCAAGCCGGAGAGCAUGUUCCCGACGUUUCCCAGCAAGGCCGGCCAAGAGCGGCGGCGGAGGCACCACGAGCCGAACGCUCCCGUGCGCGGGCAGCAGGCUGCCGCGUUGGGGGAUGUGGACUUUACUGGUAUUUUGCAGGGCAGAGACAAGGAGGAGCGAGGUGGUGGAUUCAGCCUGCGCAUGGUCUAA